UACUUAAGCUAGCUACCUAGCUCGCUCUUCUAUUAUAUUAUACUAAUUGGCCUCCCAUUAUCAUUAGCUUGAAACCCAGAAUGGCACUGCACAGUUCUCAUCUAGUUCUUGUCUUUGGUCUUCUUGGCAAUGCGAUUUCCUUCUUUGUAUAUUUGGCUCCAUUGCCAACAUUUUACAGAAUUUUCAAGAAAAAAUCAACUGAAGGCUUCCAAUCCAUACCCUAUUCAGUAGCUCUAUUUAGUGCAAUGUUGACGCUUUACUAUGGCACUCUCAAAGCAGAUGGCUUUAUGCUUAUUACGAUCAACUCUGUUGGCUGCGUCAUUGAAGCCUUAUACCUUAUCAUUUACAUGAUAUAUGCCAACAAGAGCUCCAGGAUUUAUACGUUGAAGAUACUUGUAUUGUUCAACACAAUCGCUUAUCUAUUGAUCGUUGUAUUGACAACCUUUUUGUCUCAUGGCUCUCAAAGAGUGAACGUAGUUGGAUGGAUCUGUGCUGUUUUCUCUGUUAGUGUUUUUGCUGCUCCUCUCAGUAUCAUGAGGCUUGUUAUAAGAACAAAGAGUGUAGAGUACAUGCCCUUCUCAUUAUCAUUCUUUUUGACCCUCUGUGCUACUUCCUGGUUGGGAUAUGGCCUUGCUGUGGAAGAUUAUUAUAUUGCUACGCCAAAUGUUUUCGGGUUCGGGUUUGGAAUAGCUCAGAUGAUAUUGUACUUGAUUUACAAGAAGAAAAAGAAUGAGAUUUUGCCUGAAACAAAGUCACAAGAGCUAGCAAGUGAGCCUUGUCAAAUGUGCAAAGAUGAUGACAAUUCUAACCAGACAGAGGAAGAAGCUGAACGAUCAGUAGCCAACAUGGACAAAGCCGCAGCUGAAUCAAGUGAACUCAAGAUAUGUGUGACCGCUUAAUUAAUUAAUGAGCUAGAAUGAGUUAAUUUGCAUUCACAUGCUUGAUUGUCAAAGGUGGGUUGUGUCCAAUUAUACACUUUUGUAGCAUUUUUAUUAUAUACUUAAAUGAUUGUAUGGGUUCCAUUAAUUAUUGAUAAUUUCAUUCUCGAAUAAAUUAAUUAUA